UCUAGGCCCGAAACGUCAGCUUUUGUGCUCCUGAGAUGCUGCUUGGCCUGCUGUGUUCGUCCAGCCUCACAUUUUAUUAUCUGACAAUUUAUGAGCUUGUUUUACAAUUAAGCAGUGGAACAAUACUUUACAAAUACUUGGCGUUUUGUACGAAUCCCUCUUUGUGUCGGCAAUUUCAGUGAAUAGUUUGAAGUGUAAAUAUUCGACGGCAUUAGGACCCAGCCAAAGAACCGGUGUUCCAUUCCCUGUCGGUAGCAAAGAGUAGGGGAGGCACAGAAACAAGUCUGCAUCACAGACAAGGAACGGGGAGGAACAACUGGCUGCAAAAUACCUUUUGCGUUCUCCUGGCAACAUUCCUGACGCAGAUAUCCCAGCUUCUCCAACAAACCACCACGCCCUCACCCAAGCCCGCGGGACGUGCGGCUUGCAUUCUGAUGAAACCACGGUGCUGACUGCAGGUAGAUGAUAGACAGAGCUCAGUGUAGAAACCUGCAGCACGGACAACAUGAACAGGACUGAUCGGCAGCGUGUGGUAAUUCAUCGGUCCGUGUUUCGGUAAAUAUAGGAAUAGUACAUUAAAUGAAAAGAAAUUUCAAUACUGGGAGUUUGAAACCUUUCUAAACACAGCUCAUCAGAACAGGAUCUCAGAGAAUCUCUUACAGAAAACAGCUACAGUUUAACAAAGACACAAUGGCUACACAGUCUGUGCCAAAGCUUGAAGCAAAACUUUUCGAAGACGGACAGCACAACCCAGAGAGUCAGAAUGAUGACCAUCUGAGGAGUCUGAAAGCACUCACUCAAAAACUGAGGCUUGAAACCAGAAGACCUUCCUAUUUAGAGUGGAAAGCCAAACUUGAAGGGAAAGAUUGGAAAAGCUCAAAGCCAAAGGACCAAGGGCUGGUAAUGACAAAGAAACCCAGUGAGGAGCCCAGUAACUUCAUAAGAACACAAAAGCAGCUCAGUGGGAGUUCUCUCAGUGAUGGCAACUUGACUUCAGGAAAAUUUAGUGGCUUUGAGAAUAUGGAUGAAGCACUAAGCUGGCUCCGGAAGGAACUGACGGAAAUGCGUCUGCAAGACCAGCAGCUGGCAAGACAAUUGAUGCGUCUUCGUAGUGACAUCAACAAGUUGAAGAUUGAACAGACCUGCCACCUUCACCAGCGAAUGCUUAAUGAUGCCACCUAUGAACUGGAGGAGAGGGAUGAACUGUCGGAUUUGUUUUGUGACUUCCCAGUGACGAAUGCCUUCACACUUUCAGCACCCCUCAAACUUAUCGGUGUUACUAAAAUGAACAUUAAUUCCAGAAGGUUUUCUUUGUGUUAGAAUUACUGAAAGCACUGUGCAAUUCAUACUGUUAACAGUUUCUCUUUGGAGAUGACUAGAGUAAGCUUCAGAAGUGGAGAGAAGUUAUGCAGAGAAACGUAUCAGAGAUCAUGGGAACUGAAAUGCUAGAGAAUCCAAGAAAACAAAGUGUAGAGCUGGAAGAACACAGCAGGCCAAGCAGCAUCUUAGGAGCAGGAAAGCUGACAUUUCAGGUCUAGGCCCAAAAGGAGCAGCUUUCCUGCUCCUAAGAUGCUGCUUGGCCUGCUGUGUUCAUCCAGCUCUACACUUUGUUACGCAGAGAAUUGUUCCUUUUUCUAAGUUUUCGUGCCCUAUUUUUUGCAGUCUUGCCUUCAGCCAUUUCCAAAGACAGCAACUUUUGCUGCUGUAUCAGACAAUGUGUAAUGGAAAUCCUCCAAAUAGGGUACCUGCAGGCUAAUUGACCACAAAAUCCCAUCUCCUCCAAUAUAUAUUAGGAGCACACACCAUUGGAGGUGAGAAGAAGUAAACCUGGGAAGAUUUUUACACUUCCUAUCUCUAGGAAUCCUGUGACCAAUUCUGUCACCCGAGUCAGGUUCCAGUGAUGAAAUAUCUUACCUUCUUAGUGAUCAGGAGAGAAGGACUUUGAGGUUGAAUGCAUUAUUACAAUAUUCAUGGAAAAAGUGUAAACAAUUGGUAAUUACACCUUAUUUUAGUUACUUUCUUGAAGUGGGUAAUUUAUAACUGUAGUGCAGGUAGAAACAAGCAGUUAUGGAUUGGCUGCUCAUUAUACAGCACACCGAAUUUUCGAAUCUGGGGAAGGUAACAGUAGGGAUAAUCGAGAAUAAGCACCAGUUUCCCUUAUUGGGCCAAUAUCUAGACAAAAAAUAUAUGGCUGGAGGGCCUGUAAAUAGAACCACUGGAUUAUCAUAGCCCAUUGUUGGUUUAUAAUUUUAAAAGACACUGGGAUAGUACUACUAUAAACUGUAGAAAAUGCCUUCUGACACCAUUCUUGCAGUCUGUGCAAAAAUCACUCUCCUCUUUACCCAGACCUUACCAGAAUUGGGUCAUGAACUUUAUUAGUGUACAAAUUGUGAUCCAGUAAGGUUCACAUGAUUCAGUUUGCUACUGGAAGUGUACAGUUAGAAAACUGGAAUUUUCAGAGCACCAUUAAUAUUUACACCAGGUAACUUGCUUCCUCCUCAGAUGUCCCUAACUAAAAUCAGAAAACGGCAAACAUACCUUGAAAUGAGACUCGGCCCCACAAAGAGGUUAAUUAGUCAAAUCUCAGAGACACUGCAGUAAAAAUUCAAAUCAGAUUUUUGUAGUCAAAUAUUUAACAAAGCCAAUGCACUAUAGUAGUUUAUAAAAAGGAAAGCAGUUAGAUAAUUAACUUUGUGAGGAUGAUCCGGAUAGUUGUGUAACAUAGCAAGUUAAAACAGCAAUAUGUUGUACUGUGCAGAUACUGUUUUACACUUAGAAUUCCCAAAAUGAAGAAUCCUAUAUUCUCACCAAAAUUUCACUCGGGGCUGCCAAUCACUACCAAGGAAUCACUGACAGUCUUACCAUCAUUCCUAAGUAACCAGAAACAGAUAAGCGUUGACCAAGAUCCAGAAAUGGUUUGCUUGCCUGUGUUUAUCACCUGCAGAAUGGGAUAUGAGGUGUUUAAAAAAAACCAACAAAGGCAAGAUAAGAAAGUACAAAACAGUAAACAAGAAAUGUAAAGAAAGCUAAUCAAAUUAAUUUCUGAUUUGAUGCAUAUUUGUCUCUACAUAUGAAUGAAUCUCAAUGCGAAGAAAGUCAAGAUUUCUUACAGACUUCACAACAAUGAUUAAACUGAUUCAUUAAAAUUAUUUAAAUUAGUGGGACCAUUGUUCUGCUAGAAAACAACCCCCUGGAACCAUACAGGCAAAUAAUAAGAUACAAAUUAAGGAAAUACCUGCUCUUACCAUGGUAGAAUGGAAAGCCUGCAGUCGUUCACAUAGAGAAUUAUUGCACAGGCCAAAAAGGAGCAGUAAUUUUGUACAGAAUGUUGGCUGUUUGAAAUACGGGUAGUGCUGAAGGGUGAAUAUUCUGCAACUGCUGGUGGAAGAUCUAGGCCAAUAUUUUAAGUUCCCAUGAAACUUCAGUUUCCAUUCCUUUUACAGUUUUUUUCUGUCUCUUCUGAUAGCAGUGAUUUAUCUUGGAGAAUGGUUCCGUGGGAUUAAUAACCAUUCAAUUAAAUUUUAAUUGGCUAUUCUUCAUGAGUCUAAGCAGACUAUUUGUUCAAUCAAGCCUAAUACCCGUGCAAAACUUCUUGGGAGAGUUACAGUUCACUGGAAACUAUCCAAUGAACUGUCAAUGUUCCUAAUCUGUAUGGUUCAAUACCAACCAUUGAACCUCAGAGGGGAAAAUUAACACAAAAAGUCAUACUUCUGUCAUGAUUAGUGUUGCCCCUUAUUCAAUUCUUGGUCUUGUUUUUUUGUCAAAAUAUUACUACACAGAUGAAAUGAACAUAGACAGCCAUCCAAGAUCUAUUUGUCACUGGCUGACAAAAGCAGCAAGAGAGAGUGAACAAGAUGAAUGAGACCCUCUCUUUAUGUCAAAAUGCCUUCUGUGUACAAGUAUUUUGUUGUGAUUUACAUGGAUAAAAAAAGUGAAUAUUUGAAACAAAUGUCCUUGGAAAAUUAGCAUAGGUACUGCUAAAUUAACACAUAGUUAAGGAAUAUUUGAUAGGAAAAAAUCCAUCUGAGUAACAAACAGCAUGUAAUCAACCAUACUAUAACAUCCUGAUACAAAUACACUGCUGGCCAUGGACAGAUGCUGAUAUGACAUGACAUUGAUGUUCAGCAAUGGCAUUUCAUCCAGAAUGUAUUUGUUUCAAGUUCAGAAAGUCAAUGACUAGCCGCAAUACCUUGUAUUUUUUUUGGUCCUUUGGUGGCUGUUUGCUAACUGUUUCGCUUCACACAAAAAUAGCGUGACGUGAUUCCUGUUGAAGAAUCAAAAGCUCUCUUUUCCAUUUCUCAUUUUAAAUUGAUCAGUUAUUAUUGUCAAUCUCCAUGGAAUAAAAACAAGUUUCUCUUCAUCAGUAGCAAUAAUUUUGUUGUGGCAUCAUCAAAAUUAAUAAAAAUCUA